AUGUCUGUAUACUCAACCAGAAAAGUGGGUACUCCGAAUACCCUUGACUAUAAAGUUUAUAUUGAAAAAGAUAAAAAACCUAUUUCAGCUUUUCAUGACGUUCCACUUUAUGCCAAUGCUGAAAAAACGAUCUUUAAUAUGAUUGUUGAGGUACCUCGUUGGACCAAUGCCAUAUUUGAAAUUUCUAAAGAGGAAGAAUUAAAUCCCAUCCUUCAAGACACUAAAAAAGGGAAGUUAAGAUUUGUCAGAAACUGUUUCCCCCAUCACGGUUACAUCCAUAACUAUGGAGCUUUUCCACAGACAUGGGAGGAUCCUAACUCUGCCCUUCAAGAGAUAAAAGCUAAAGGUGAUAAUGAUCCUUUAGAUGUUUGUGAGAUUGGCGAAACAGUUGGUUAUACCGGACAGGUUAAACAAGUGAAAGUUCUUGGGGUGAUGGCUCUCUUAGAUGAAGGAGGAGGAACUGAUUGGAAAGUUAUAGCCAUUGAUAUCAACGACCCUCUUGCUCCUAAGCUUCACGAUAUUGAAGACGUGGAACGACAUCUUCCAGGUCUACUACGCGCAACUAAUGAGUGGUUUCGAAUCUAUAAAAUUCCUGAUGAUAAUCUUGAGAACCAUUUUGCUUUUUCUGGCGAAUGUAAAAAUAAAAAAUAUGCUGAAGAAGUUGUCCGAGAAUGUAACGAAGCAUGGGAAAAGUUAAUUACAGGUAAAGUUGAUUCUAGAAACAUCGCACUUUCAAAUACUUCAUUGGAAAAUGCUACAACAAUUUAUAAAGAUAAUAUACCUCAAGGCCAAGAUCUUCCUGCUGCCCCAAUAGACCCUUCUAUUGACAAAUGGUUUUUCAUUUCUAGUUAA